UUUCAUGGUUACCUUUAUAUUAUUAUUAUUAAGGGAAAAUGUCCUGAAGAUGGAUGGGAUGAAAGCACCAUUGAACUGUUUCUUCAUGAACUUGCUAUAAUGGAUAGCAAUAACUUUCUGGGCAACUGUGGUGUGGGUGAGAGGGAAGGAAGAGUGGCAUCAGGACUCGUUGCCCGAAGGCAUUACAGGUUGAUCCAUGGAAUUGGAAGGUCAGGUGAUAUUUCUGCAGUCCAGCCUAAAGCUGCAGGGUCUAGCCUUUUGAACAAGCUUACUAAUUCAGUAGUUCUGGAUAUUAUAAAGCUGGCUGGUGUCCGAACAGUGACCAGUUGCUUUGUGGUUCCUAUGGCAACCGGCAUGAGUCUAACUCUGUGUUUUUUAACAUUGCGGCACAAGAGACCAAAGGCAAAAUACAUUAUCUGGCCACGUAUAGACCAGAAAUCUUGCUUUAAAUCAAUGAUAACUGCAGGUUUUGAGCCUGUGGUGAUAGAAAAUAUGUUAGAAGGCGAUGAGCUACGGACAGACAUCGAAGCAGUGGAGGCUAAAAUCAAGGCUCUUGGUGCUGAAAAUAUUCUUUGUGUGCAUUCUACAACAUCUUGCUUUGCUCCAAGGGUACCUGAUAGGCUGGAGGAACUGGCCGUGAUUUGUGCUAAUUAUGACAUUCCCCAUAUUGUCAAUAAUGCAUAUGGAGUUCAGUCUUCAAAAUGUAUGCAUCUUAUCCAACAGGGUGCUCGUGUAGGCAGAAUAGAUGCUUUUGUUCAGAGCUUGGACAAAAAUUUUAUGGUUCCAGUAGGUGGUGCUGUCAUUGCUGGCUUCAACCAGUCCUUCAUUCAGGACAUCAGCAAAAUGUAUCCAGGAAGAGCAUCUGCGUCUCCUUCCUUAGAUGUCCUCAUUACACUUCUGUCUCUAGGUGCCAGUGGCUACAAACAGUUACUGAAAGAGAGAAAGGAAAUGUUUUCCUAUCUGUCAAGUGAGCUGAAGAAGCUGGCAGAUAACCACAAUGAGAGACUGUUAGACACACCACAUAAUCCCAUUUCCUUAGCCAUGUCACUGAAGGAUCUGGAUGAAAAUAAUGAUGAUGCUGUUACCCAGCUUGGAUCUAUGCUUUUCACAAGACAAGUUUCUGGAGCAAGGGUUGUUCCCUGUGGGUCUGUGCAAACAGUGAAUAACUACACUUUUAAAGGCUUUAUGUCACAUGCAAAUGACUAUCCCUGUGCUUACCUCAAUGCUGCCUCAGCAAUUGGAAUUAAAAAGCAAGAUGUAGAUAUAUUCCUAAAAAGACUCGACAAGUGUUUGAAGACUUCUAGAAAAGAAGCAAAGAAAGAAAAAAGUGUAAAUGAAAUAAGUAAUUCUAAUACAGGCACAGAACAACUUGAAGACUAGAAGAUACAGAUUUAGUAACACAGGAAGAUACACUUUUGUUUGAAGUAUGUCAGGUUUGUAUUGGGUUAACGUGAAUCUGCAGUGCAGAAAAUUUUAUUCCUGAUCUGAAAACAACAACAACAAAAAGUUAGGUGAAAUUCAGCUUUAAAGAAAGUAGGUGA